AUGGCUACUGUUUCUGCAAUCUCUUCAUUGCUGCUCCUGAUUUUCCCAGCCUUCACAGCUUCAAAAUCCAUAGCAGAAUCCACUGUUCAAUCUAAACGACUGGUUGCCAAAUUGAUUCACAGGGAUUCUGUUCUUUCUCCAUAUUACAACUCCAAUGAAACAGUUGUUGAGCAACUACAACGAUCUAUGAAAGCCUCAGCUGCCCGGCUCGCCUACUUGUAUGCACAGAUUGAAAGAGACAUUGUUUACGUGAAUGAUCACUUUCUGCUCAGUCUUCUUCCCAGUGCCUAUGAACCCUUGUUCUUGGUAAGCUUUUCCAUGGGCCAACCUCCUAUUCCUCAACUGACAAUAAUGGACACAGGAAGCAGUCUUUUAUGGGUACAAUGUGCCCCUUGUAAGCGUUGUUCCCAGCAAACUGGUCCGUUGCUAGACCCCAAAAAAUCAUCAACAUACGCUAGCCUAUCAUGUAACCACCACUUGUGCCACCGUGCCCCGGGUGGCGACUGCAACUGGUUGAAUCAAUGUGUCUACAAACAAAGUUAUGUAAAUGGUAAAAAAUCAAUAGGAGUUCUUGCUACUGAACAACUUGUUUUUCAGAAUUCUGAUGGAAGCAUAAACGCUCUGCCUGAUGUCGUGUUUGGUUGCAGCCAUGAGAAUGGGAACUACAAAGACAGACGUUUCACUGGCGUCUUUGGACUAGGAAAUGGAACCACAUCUCUUGUUAGCCAAAUGGGUUCUAAAUUCUCUUAUUGUAUUGGCAAUAUUGCUGAUCCUAACUAUAGAUAUAACCAUUUGAUUUUAGGCGAUGGAGCAAAUAUCGAAGGCUAUUCAACACCUUUAGAAGUAGUGGAGGGCCAUUACUAUAUCACUCUGGAAGGCAUUAGCGUUGGGGAGAAACGACUUGUCGUAGAUUCUAAUUCAUUUAGGAGGGAAGAGAAGAGGAAACGAGUAAUAAUUGAUUCUGGAACUGCACUAACUUUUCUAGCAGAAGAUUUGUACAGAGCACUUGAGAAUGAAAUUGGCAGUCUGUUAGAUACAGUUCUGAAACCAUUCUGGAGAGAGUCGUUUCUCUGUUACAAGGGGAGUGUGAGCCAAGACCUUUAUGGGUUUCCAACGGUGACGUUUCACUUUGCUGAGGAAGCAGAUCUUGUGCUGGACAGUGAAAGCUUGUUCUACCAAGCCACUGCAGAUGUGCUUUGCAUGGCUGUGAGGAAAGCCAGUGGCUAUGGGAAAGAUUUGUCAGUGAUUGGGUUAAUGGCUCAGCAGUAUUACAAUAUGGCUUAUGAUCUUAGCCAGUAUAAGUUGUUCUUCCAGAGGAUUGAUUGUGAACUCCUUGUUGAUUGA